UCCGGUUCUUUCGGAGGAUGCAUCUAUAAGAAUUCACCUAUCCCAAUAACAAAAAAACCUGACUUGACUGAUCCUGUAUUAAGAGCUAAAUUGGCCAAAGGGAUGGGUCAUAAUUAUUAUGGCGAACCCGCAUGGCCUAACGAUCUUUUAUAUAUUUUUCCAGUAGUGAUUAUGGGGACUAUUGCCUGUAACGUGGGCUUAGCGGUUCUCGAACCAUCAAUGAUUGGGGAACCCGCGGAUCCGUUUGCAACUCCUUUGGAAAUAUUACCCGAAUGGUAUUUUUUUCCCGUAUUUCAAAUACUUCGUACCGUAUCCAAUAAAUUAUUGGGCGUUCUUUUAAUGGUUUCAGUACCCGCGGGAUUAUUAACAGUACCCUUUUUGGAGAAUGUUAAUAAGUUCCAAAACCCAUUUCGGCGUCCAGUAGCAACAACUGUCUUUUUGAUUGGUAGCGUCGUGGCUCUUUGGUUGGGUAUUGGAGCAACAUUACCUAUUGAAAAAUCCCUAACGUUAGGUCUUUUUUAAAUUGAUUCUAUUGUGAAAUAAAAUAUCAUGACAGGUGUAUUGUGUAUCUAGGGAAAAUUCACUUU